ACGCGACCGAGCGCACCCGAGCCGCGCCGAACCGAGCCAAACCGAGCCGAGCCAAACCGAGCAGAGCCGACAGUCCGCGGCCCGGGCCUCGCUCUGCGGGACUUUACUUUUACUUUGGGACUUCAGGACCUCCGGGUCCAGACACCGAAGCGUCGGCGGCUCACAGUCCGCCUGUGAGGCUCCUGUGGCUCAGGCCCCGCGGACGCCCCGGAGCUCGGGCCCGUGUCUCUCCGGUGGACCCGGGGACGCCUCCGGGACGCGGCUGUGGAGCGGCUCAGGGGCGGCUCUGGAGCGGCCCGGGACGCCCUGACCCCGGGUCUCGGUGGAGUUUGGAACUUUACGGCCUCCAUUUUGCCCCCCCUCCCCCUGCGUCUCUUCCGGUGUGGAUGCUGCGGCUGACGUCACUCACCGGGGGUCGGUAGGUCGGGAGCGGGGCCGCGGGAUGGGGCUCCGCCGCGGGUCCCCGGGUCGGGCCUGCUCCUCCUGCGGGCUCUGGGUGCUCCUGCUCCGGCUGCUGCUGCGCUGCUGCUCCGCAGAGGAGGAGGUUCUGUUGAACACAAAGCUGUCGACCUCUGACCUCCGCUGGGGCGUGUACCCCGGCGAUGACCCCCAGUGGGACGAGGUCAGCGUUCUGGACGACGAGCACAACACCGUCCGAACCUUCGAGAUCUGCACGCCCAACAGCGCCACCUACCACUGGCUCCGCACCAACUGGAUCCCCCGCAAGGCCGGCACCACCCUCUACGUGGAGAUGAGGUUCACGAUGAUGGAGUGCUCGUCUCUAAACCAGCGUCACUGUAAAGAGACUUUUACUCUCUUCUCGUUUGAGUCGGAUCAGGCCACGCCCCCCGGCUCUGCUCUGGACUCCGCCCCCUCGGAGCCCUUCGUGAAAGUGGCGACGGUGGCGGCCGACUUCCUGCUGCGUCGCGGUGGCGACGGCGUGCGACGCUCCAACACGCGGUUAUUGCGAUUGGACGGGCUGACGAGGGCGGGGCUUUAUCUGGCCAUUCAGAGCCAAGGCGCCUGCAUGGCCCUGCUGUCACUCAAAGUCUCCUACAGGAAGUGCCCGCCCCUCCGCGCCGCCUUCGCCGCCUUUCCCGAAACCGUGCCACACUCGCUGGUGCAGCAGGCUCAGGGCGUGUGUGUGGAGAACGCCAUCACGCCGCCCGGAGAACACACUACACUUCCCAGCAUGCUCUGUGGCCAAGACGGACAGUGGGUGGGGCAGCCCUCCUCCUCCUGCGCCUGUCGCCCCGGAUACGAGCCGACAGGCGACACCCGCUGCCGAGCGUGUCCCGCGGGUCACUUCAAACCCUCCUCUGGUUUGGGGGCGUGUACUUCCUGUCCGGACUUCAGUGGGACUCUGGUGCCGGGCUCCGCCUACUGCCUCUGUCGCCACGGUUACCUGCGCGCCGACUCCGACCCGCCGAGCGCCGCCUGCUCCAAGCCGCCGUCGCCGCCGCGCUCGCCGGUGGCUCAGCUGAACGCGUCGGGCUCUGUGGUGCUGGAGUGGAGCGCGCCGCUGGACUCCGGGGGGCGCUCUGACGUGUGGUACCGCGUCCUGUGUCAGCGCUGCCCGGACGCCGCCGCGCCGUCGGCCGAGGCCUGCUCCCCGUGCGGCGACGGCGUCCUGAUCGGCCCCGCCCCCACCGUCACGCAGCGACGCGUCGUGGUCAUCGGACUCCGCCCACGAGCGCUCUACGUCUUCACCAUCCAAUCGCUGAACGGCGUGUCCUCCCUCAGCCAAUCACAGCCCGGCGCCGUCCAGGUCAACGUCACCACCAACACCAACGUCCCAGGUCUGGUCUCUGGACUCAGGAGGACUUCGGCCUCAGAUAACUCCCUGACUCUGGAAUGGACUCCCCCGAAUCCGGACCAGACCCAGGACCAGACCCGGACUCAAACCCCCAACCGCAUCCUGGACUACCAGCUGCGCUACUCCCCCAAGGAUGGCGAGGGCUCGGGGCAGUGGCAGUAUGUGUCCAGCAGGGGCUCCUCUCUGGUCCUGCUCGGACUCAGGAGGUCUCAGAAGUAUCUGGUCCAAGUCCGAGCCCGGUCCAGUACCGGGUUUGGACCGUUCAGCGCCGAGUCCGGCUUCAGCACUCUGCCCGAAGGUAACUCUCACCUGGUGCUGACGGCUGUUCUCGUUACCAUGACGAUCCUGCUGCUGGUGGGUGGGGCUAUGGUCGCCGCUUUGUGCUACAGGAGGAGGAGACGUGGGACUCGCAGAGACAAGAGCAGUUUCCAGAUGAACCAGAGUAUGAAGUUGUACAUUGACCCGUUCACAUACGAGGACCCGGAGCAGGCUGUGAGACAGUUCACCAGAGAGAUCGACGCCUCCUGUGUGAAGAUCGAGGAGGUCAUCGGAGCAGGUGAGUUCGGGGAGGUGUGCCGCGGCCGGCUGCAGGUGCCCGGGCGUCGUGAGAACUACGUCGCCAUUAAAACGCUGAAGGGCGGGUACACCGACAAGCAGAGGCGGGACUUCCUGUCAGAGGCGUCAAUCAUGGGACAGUUCCAACAUCCGAACAUCAUCCACCUCGAAGGAGUCAUCACCUCCUCCUGCCCCGCUAUGAUCCUCACGGAGUACAUGGAGAACGGAGCUCUGGACAGCUUCCUCAGGAUGAACGACGGUCAGUUCACGGUGAUCCAGUUGGUCGGGAUGCUCCGGGGAAUCGCUGCUGGGAUGAAGUAUCUGAGCGACAUGAGCUACGUCCACAGAGACCUGGCAGCACGGAACAUUCUGGUCAACUCCAACCUCGUCUGCAAGGUUUCUGACUUUGGUCUGAGCAGAUUUCUGACGGAGAACUCGUCUGACCCGACCUACACCAGCUCUUUGGGAGGGAAGAUCCCGAUCCGAUGGACCGCCCCUGAAGCCAUCGCCUACAGGAAGUUCACGUCGGCAAGUGACGCCUGGAGCUACGGCAUCGUCAUGUGGGAAGUGAUGUCAUACGGCGAGCGGCCAUAUUGGGACAUGAGCAACCAGGACGUGAUAAAUGCGAUCGAGCAGGACUACCGCUUGCCCCCGCCCCCUGACUGUCCCGCCGCGCUCCAUUGGCUGAUGCUGGACUGUUGGCAGAAGGAACGAGCCAAUCGGCCGCGAUUCUGCGACGUGGUGUCAGCGCUCGAUAGGCUGAUCCGAAACCCCGCCUCCCUCAAGAUGACUGACUCCGCCCACUCCUCUCAGCCGCUCCUGGACCAGCGUCCAAUCGCGCGGCUCUCGUCCUGCUCCUCUGUCUCUGAUUGGCUGAGGGCCAUAAAGAUGGAGCGUUAUGAGCAGAGCUUCCUCCAGAACGGCCUCACGUCACUCCAGGAGGUGGCGCUCAUCACCACUGAGGAUCUGCUUCGUGCCGGAGUGACCCUCGCCGGACACCAGAAGAAGAUCCUGUCCUCCAUCCAGACACUACGCUGCUCCGACCAAUCACAGACGCCCACACUGCUCUACUGACCAACCAGAGAGCUGCAGGACCACUACAGCCCGCCCCCUGCUCUACUGACCAACCAGAGAGCUGCAGGGCCACUACAGCCCGCCCCCUGCUCUACUGACCAACCAGAGAGCUGCAGGACCACUACAGCCCGCCCCCUGCUCUACUGACCAACCAGAGAGCUACAGGACCACUAUAGCCCGCCCCCUGCACCAUCAGCCAAUCACAGGCUCGAACACUUCAUCCCGAACCAGUCUUAAUCUGUACUGUUUCAACCAAUCAGAGACAGACUUGAAAACACUACACUCAGGAUCAGGAUGACAGCCAAUCACAGCUCAGGAAUCCCUCUCCGCCCUGCCCUCCUCUCCUCUGAUUGGCCGGUUUAGUCCCACUGAUCUGUCACCAAGUCUGGAGGGUGGAGCCAGUUUCCUGAUUUGUCCUUCUUAUUUGAGACACAGAUCCAAGAUGGCGUCCGCGCCUGUGCCUUCCUCUGGCGUCCGCUUGGUUUCGGAUGUUUUUGCCGCUAUGACUGCCUCUGCAUUUCAGAACAAACUGGAUCUUUUUAAAAACUCUUGUGGGAUUUUGGCUUUUUUUUUUUAAAUGGUGAGUUCUGGAAAGACUUUUAUUUGGAGCUGUUUACUUGGACCUAAAACUCCACAUCAUGAAACAAACUCUACAUUUUUACAGAUGAAUCUUAAACGUUUGAACUUUUUUUGUUUUUUUAGUCUUAAAAGUGUCACGACUUGAUGCUCUGUUGAAAACACUAAACCAAACGAGCUCGCUGGAGACUUUACAUUUUAUAUUUAAAUUUUACAUUUGGGUCAGAAUUUUGUAAAAUGCACCACAUUAUUUUAAAGAAGAGGCCACUGUAAACUCUACACCCGUCCCUCUGUGGACACACCCGUCCCUCUGUGGACACACCCGUCCCUCUGUGCACACACCCGUCCCUCUGUGCACACACCCGUCCCUCUGUGCACACACCCGUCCCUCUGUGGACACACCCGUCCCUCUGUGGACACACCCGUCCCUCUGUGGACACACCCGCCCCUCUGUGGACACACCCGUCCCUCUGUGGACACACCCGUCCCUCUGUGGACACACCCGCCCCUCUGUGGACACACCCGCCCCUCUGUGGACACACCCGUCCCUCUGUGCACACACCCGUCCCUCUGUGGACACACCCGUCCCUCUGUGCACACACCCGUCCCUCUGUGGACACACCCGUCCCUCUGUGGACACACCCGUCCCUCUGUGCACACACCCGUCCCUCUGUGCACACACCCGUCCCUCUGUGCACACACCCGUCCCUCUGUGGACACACCCGCCCCUCUGUGGACACACCCGCCCCUCUGUGGACACACCCGUCCCUCUGUGGACACACCCGUCCCUCUGUGGACACACCCGUCCCUCUGUGCUCAGUCUAUUUAAACCAAAGACCGGACAUUCACCAAAGAGUCAAACUAAACGUGUCCAGAGGAGACAGAGGAGGGAGGGGUCACCAAAGAGGUACUCGAGUAAGAGUACUGUUACACUGUGCAGUAUUGUACUCGAGUUAGAGUACUGUUACACUGUGCAGUAUUGUACUCGAGUAAGAGUACUGUUACACUGUGCAGUAUUGUACUCGAGUAAGAGUACUGUUACACUGUGCAGUAUAUUACUCGAGUAAGAGUACUGUUACUUAAAAGUACAUGGUCUGACGUAAAAGUACAAUUUGUUCAAAUAGUAAAUGUAGCUCAGUGCUGCCCCCCUCUGCUCAUGUUUAUUAUAUUUAAAUUAAAUUGAUACUUUGCAGUUAUCACGCUGGGGGUGUUCUACAUGUAUGUUUAUGGUGGAAUGCUCAGCAGUUCCCAUGGAGACGCAACAUCACAAACAUAGUGUGAAAUCAAGAAAAAAAAAUCCAAAGUGGUUUAAAGAGCUCAUGGUCCUGAGUUUGAUUUUACACAAAAAGGUGAGACUCACUGAAAAACUGUUGGCUAAUGCUAAUGCUAAUGCUAGCGCUAGCGUGUGACUGUGACGUUAUCUCAGAGGGACUUGUUUAACAGCACAGAUCACUGGUGUAGUUCAGCUCUUUAUGGUCAGAUUGUGUUAAAAUAAAACUCAGGUUAAAGUCUAACUUCAGACAGAGCAGUGCCUCCAGUUAGCGUCACACCCCCAGAGAAUGUGGAUGACAUCAUCUGCAAAGGAUCAAUAGAAACUUCAUCUGAAACAUGAGAGUGACUUCAAAACUUUUAAAAUGUUUUAGUUGAAUACAUAAAUAUGAAUAUAAUUUCAUAUUUUAAUCUCCAAAGAAGAAACUAAAACAUAAACAAAGAAAUCCAGCGCCUGUUACCAAACACUACAGGAGAGGUCAGAAGGUUUGAGCCUCGGGUCAGAAAACCUCCAAACACUACAGAAGAGGUCAGAAGGUUUGAGCCUUGGGUCAGAAAACCUCUCAUAUUUAGCACUUUUUGUACUGUUUUGUAUUGACAGUGUUUAUCAUU